AUCGCAUGUGGAAGGAACACCAAAUACACACACACACAUAUAUAUAUAUAGAUACGUAAAUUUUUGGGCCGGGCCGGGCCGGGCCGAUCUCAUUAAACUCAGAUUGCCCCAGGAGGGCAUAUAUUAUGGUGGACUUGGUUCAUUACUGGGCCGGUUCGGUCCGUUCGGGUCUGGGCUGACCGGGGGACUGAAAAAUAUACAAGCAUAUUGACAACAGGAGAGCGCGCGGGUCGAAGGUGGGAUGGCGGAGCCGAGGCGAUUGAGAGGGCAUACUGCCGGAGCAACUUGCUGCAUAGCUUCACGCACCAGACCAGGUCUUGUUGCCACCGCCGCCGAGGAUGGUUUUGUCUGCUGGUAUGAUUUGCGGUGCAAAGAUAUGUUAUUCAGUAUGGUGGCGGGCGAUGGAAACCCGGUUUCGUCUCUAUGUUUUAAGCCAGGAAAUGAAGAUAUUAUAUACGUCACAGCUGGCAACGGAGUCAAGAGCUUUGACUUGGAUAUGGUCAGCAGUCAGCCAACUUCAUGGAAGCAACUAGAAAGCUACAACUAUAAUAAGGAUGAGAUAAAUCAGAUUGCAUUCCAUCCAAAAUCAUCUUUCCUAGCUGCGGCAGAUGAUACUGGAGAUGUGAAGAUUAUUGACGUCCGCCAACGAUGCCUAUACAGAACUUUAAGAGCUGGCCACAAGAGUAUUUGCAGCAGUGUACAAUUCCUUCCUUGGAGGAGUUGGGAAGUUAUCACUGGGGGUCUUGAUUCAAAACUUGUGAUGUGGGACUUCUCCAAAGGGCGACCAAACAAAAUUAUGGACUUGGGCAAUGAAGAUAAUCCUGGGCAGUGCUGUAACCCAGCUUUUGUCCAUGCCCUAGCAGUUCCAGAUGUUGAUAUCGUGGAUAAGGUUGGCAAGAUCUGUAUUGUGGCUAGAGGUGAUGGUGUUGUCAAUGUCACUAAUAUCGAGGCAGAACUUGCUUCUCACAAAUCCAAAGCUAAAUCUACACAAAAAGGUCAACCUUCAUCUUCCGAGAGCUCAGGCGGAAGCAUGAGAAACCUUCACUUGGACUAUUCAAGGGGUGGACACAUUGCUGCGGUAUCCUGCGUGACUCUCUCUAUGUUUGGAGAGAAAGGAAAGUUGAUCAUUUCAGGUGGGAAUGAUAAAUCUGUAAAGGUAUGGGAUUGGUCCAAAGGUUAUGAUGUCGGACAAACAGACAGUGGCAAUAAACAACCUUUAUGCACAAGCAUUGAUCUGAAAAGAAAGGUUAACUGGCUUUGCACAACUCCCUCCGAUUCAGAAAAUCUAGUUAUCUGCGACACUUCCGAAGUAGUGAAAGUUUAUUCUAUAGGCUAAAUUGUCGAUGAACCACCGGCUUACUAGUUACUGCUGGACCUCCAUGGAUUAUAGAUGAAUUUGACUGUGCUUCUAUAACUAGAGAAAACACACCUACCUACAUUUGAUCGUUCCUUGAAAUAACUGCAACUUUUAUUCACAUUAAUCAACCGAUGUUCUGAUCCUA